AGUAGCAGUACCUUGGACCUCAGCUCUCCUCCCCCUUUCCCUCUAAGGAUGGCCCAGAAGGAGAACGCCUACCCCUGGCCCUACGGCCGGCAGACGGCUCCGUCUGGCCUGAGCACCCUGCCCCAGCGAGUCCUCCGGAAAGAGCCUGUCACCCCAUCUGCACUUGUCCUCAUGAGCCGCUCCAAUGUCCAGCCCACAGCUGCCCCUGGCCAGAAGGUGGUGGAGAAUAGCAGUGGGACACCCAACAUCUUAAUGCGGCACUUCACAAUUGAUGACUUUGAGAUUGGGCGUCCUCUGGGCAAAGGCAAGUUUGGAAACGUGUACUUGGCUCGGGAGAAGAAAAGCCAUUUCAUCGUGGCGCUCAAGGUCCUCUUCAAGUCCCAGAUAGAGAAGGAGGGCGUGGAGCAUCAGCUGCGCAGAGAGAUCGAAAUCCAGGCCCACCUGCAGUAUGGGUUGAUGCCCCCUGAGCCGAAGCCCCUCUGCUCCCUGACCCCAGCUCCUCACUCAGCCCUACCUCCUCACUCAGCCCUACCUCAUCCAGAUUGCUUUCUCUGUAGCUACGGCUAGUGAGCCCCAUUUAGCCCUUAGUCCUGGCCAGAGCCUUGAAUCCAGAAAUCUGCCUCCAGUUUCCCUUUCCCACUCCCAUUCCUGGUGUCCCCUGCCUGGGCCACGUCUGACCCCAGUUUGCUCCUAUUAAUCUUUCCCAGCUCUUUUAUGCCUUUGGCCUGAGGCCUCCUCUGUUUCUUCCCUCAGCCAUCCCAACAUCCUGCGUCUUUACAACUAUUUUUAUGACCGGAGGAGGAUCUACUUGAUUCUAGAAUAUGCGCCCCGCGGGGAGCUCUACAAGGAGCUGCAGAAGAGCCGCACAUUUGAUGAGCAGCGAACAGCCACGGUCCGGGCGGAUCAUGGAGGAGUUGGCAGAUGCUCUGAUGUACUGCCACGGGAAGAAGGUGAUUCACAGAGACAUAAAGCCAGAGAAUUUGCUCUUAGGGCUCAAGGGAGAGCUGAAGAUUGCUGACUUUGGCUGGUCUGUACAUGCGCCCUCCCUGAGGAGGAAGACAAUGUGUGGCACCCUGGACUACCUGCCCCCAGAGAUGAUUGAGGGGCGCAUGCACAACGAGAAGGUGGAUCUGUGGUGCAUUGGAGUGCUUUGCUACGAGUUGCUGGUGGGAAACCCACCGUUUGAGAGCGCAUCACACAACGAGACCUAUCGGCGCAUCGUCAAGGUGGACCUAAAGUUCCCCGCUUCUGUGCCCACGGGAGCCCAGGACCUCAUCUCUAAACUGCUCAGGCAUAACCCCUCGGAACGGCUGCCCCUGGCCCAGGUCUCAGCCCACCCCUGGGUCCGGGCCAACUCUCGGAGGGUGCUGCCUCCCUCUGUCCUUCAAUCUGUUGCCUGAUGGUCCCUGUCACUCACUGGGGUGUGUCUGUGUUUUGUAUGUUUGUGUAUGUAUAGGGGAAAGAAGGGAUCCUGAACUGUUCCCUUAUCUGUCUUCUACCUCCUCCUUUGUUUAAUAAAGGCUGAAGCUUUUUGUACUGA